AUGGUCAAGGCCCGUCAUUUUGCCACUAUUGGCAUUGAAGACGUCUUUGCGGAGAGUCCUCCUGAUCCACGGCAUCACUUUCCAAAGUCCUACCUCUUACAAGAGGAUCGGCAUCCCAUUCCAAAUGAAAAUGAUGAUACUGCAAAUUCCUUUGUGACGAGUGAAAUUCUGGGCGUGCUCAAGGAACGACCGGAAGACUUUGUGGUGCGGGAAAUCAGCAAAGUUUCUCGAAUGCUCGAAAUCUUUGGAAAAGAAUUCGAGGAAGCAAACGACGAGAGGAAGAGAGAGUUGCAAGUGGCGGAUCUUGUCGAGUUGGGAGACACGAGGCUUCACGGUAGUAAUAGUACUGCUACGACGACUCCUUGGAACACGGAUCCAAAGGAGUCCGCUGCUAAGGAUGCGACUUCCAACACUGCCGAAUCUGCAGAGUCGAAGGAAGAUGGCGAGAAAAAUGGUCAAGCCAAUGCGACCGCUACCAAAAUGGUGACGGACGCCGUGGACACGGAAGAAACACGCAAAAAGCCAAUGCUUUCGCACAUGGAAACCAUUGAAGCGGUGCUUGGACAAGUCUUGGAGGCACAAGACAAGAUCUAUAGUGAAUCACAAGUCAAGAAGCUGGUGGAAGAAUUACAGUCUUUACACAACAAGGCACUUGAGAAAAUCGAACAAUUGGCAAACAAUCCAGAGUCUCCCUCUAAAUCUGAAGACUCGCCACAAAAAGAGCAAGAAAAUGUUGUUGUUUUGCCAGCAGUUCCAGCCAACUUUGCACAUCUAGAAGGAAGCGAAGGACCCUUGACCACUUUGGAUCGAGGCGACUUUCACAAGGCACUGCGAUUGGCUUUUCCUAUGCUCAAGGCCACUACCAUUUCUUCCGACAACGACGACAAGAAGAAGGGACAAAUCCACGUCGAAAUGGACGACCUGUUUCACGAGCUGAUUCCCUUUCUCGAUAAACCACUAGAAGAUCUGCCAAAGCUGUACCGAUUCCAAAAGAUUGGCUGCGUGAUUGACGACUCUAACGACUACAGCAACGACAGCAACAACAACGAUGGCAACCACAAAAACCGAAAACGGAAACGAGACGGACGACAAAAUGAUCGAAGUAAUAAUAAUGGUCGCAAGAAGACUAACAACGGAACCAAUCCAAUCUUGAGACUCAAGCCAACGUUGACCAAGGACGAACGAAGGCCCAUUCAUCGCAUGCUGCAGUUGAAGAAUCGUGCCAUGCACACAGAGACGCUGUCCGAGUAUCCCAGAGAUGAAGAUGGGGACAACAACAAUGACAACAAGACCGCCGCCAUUGUGGUGUACUGGGAUGAACGGGCCAAAAAACGAGCACGACAAAAGUAUCAGCGAUCCAAACAGCAAAAGACGGGUCAACAACAGCCACAACAGCCACAGUCCACCAAUAUCUAUUGCGUACUGAAAAAGAGGGAAAAAGAACACUUGACAGCCCUCAAUAUCGUCUGCAAGGAGAUCAAGUGCCGCACCGGCGAUGUAGGGUUGGCGGGCAUCAAGGAUAUGAAGGCGGUCACCUACCAGUUUUGUACCAUUCGAAAUUGCCGACCCGGCAAACUUCGCAGAGCUGCGAACGCUCUCCAGGGAAAGGGCAUUCACAUUGGUACCAUUCGGGAAGUACCCGCCAGCGUCUUUCUCAACAAUGGAGAUUUGCAGGGGAACAAUUUUGAAAUCACCCUUCGAAAGUUGCGGAGAAUACGAGUUGUUUUCGCAAACAGCGCGAAUGGUUCCAACAGCAAUGGCAACAACCGCGUCGUCGAAGAACAAGUGCCCUGCGAGAAACUUCACAUUCAACAAAUGUUCGAGAGGGUCUCACGUUCGGGUUUUGUCAACUUUUUUGGAGAACAGCGUGUCGGAACGCCGGGGGAAACCUCGCAAGUGGGAGUCCGGACGUUCGAUGUUGGCCGUGCCAUGCUGCAGGGGGAUUUCGACAAAAUGAUCGAGUUGGUCAUGACCGGUAGAGCGGCCGGGUACCGUGGAACGAACAACCCUGCCGAAGCAAAGGUGCGCAAAGUCUGGAAAGAUUCGGGAGGAGACCCGGCCGCAACACUCAAAGCCUUUCCCAAAGGCGAGAAUCUGCCGCGAGAAAGGGCACUGAUGAAAGGCUUACACCGCUACGGCAAGGGUGAUCCGUUAGCGGCGAUUCAAUGUAUCCCGUUCAAUCAACGAAAGUUCUGGAUCAACGCCUAUCAAUCUUUGGUCUGGAACUUUAUGGCGUCUGCAAGAUUGCGCAAGUAUGGCGCAACAUCGGCCGCCAUUGGUGACUUGUUCUUGGAAGAUGAUGCUGCCGGCAUCUUUGAUGUCCACGUGGUUGAUUCCACAAACGUCUCUUCAGUGUCGAUGAGACAAGUUGUGCUCCCGUUACCUGGCUACGGAGUACAGUACCCAACUAACGACAUUGGGACCUUGUAUCAAGAAUUCUUGCAAAAGGACAAGAUUGGAUUCGAGAAAAAAGGACCAGACGAAGGAACAGCCAAAGGAAGCUACCGCCGUCUGAUCGUGAAGGCUGGCAAUAUGCGGUUGGCGACCGUGGAAGAUGGGGAAGACACAGCCUUGGCGUCUUCGGUCAAGAUCUGCUUUGACCUGCCUUCUGGUUCGUAUGCAACAAUGCUCUUGAGGGAGAUGAUGUUGACGACUGUCGCCAGAGACUAG